CCGUUGAUACGACGUCGUGUUGUCUUAUACCGUUGACCAAAUACGCAUGGGUUUUGCAAAUAUACGUAGGAGAACAGUACAUCUACUCAUCUUCUUCUUCUCUCUCUCUCUCGUUUCAGCAAGUCACAAGACGACUCACCCAACAAAGCAACUCCGCUUCACGAGCUCAAAGCUUCUCCCUCUCUCUCUCUGUCACGCAUUUGAUUCUCGAGCUUUCUCGUUUUCACUUUUUUCAGAGACUUUGGUCGGUGAUGGUGAUUAAUAAGCCGAAGAGCAGAUGAAAGUCACCGGAAAGCCGUAUCCUACGGCGACAUUACAGGCCUCGGAGUCAGAGACGAAGCUGUUCACUAACCCUCCAGAUCUCAGGGCUAUACAGAGAGCUACUACCACAGUCACUAAACGCAGAGCAAGGAACCCCAGCUUGACACGUCAGCGAAGAUCCGCCGCUCCCGGCGGGAGAAGAAGCCGGCCGGAGACUCCUCUUCUGAAAUGGAAAGUCGAGGAUCGGAAAACAGAGAGAGGCGGCGGCGUUGUUGAAGAAGACGAUGAUUACGAGGAUGAGAGAGAGACUAGUACGCGCCGCAAGGAUCGGAGGAAAACAACUCGGCCUGUUUCGGUUAGGAAACUCGCCGCCGGGCUGUGGCGGUUGCAGGUUCCCGACGCGGUGGUUAGCGGCGGAGAGAGAAAGGUGAAAGAGGGAUUAGGGUUUCAGGGAGGUGUUCCAUAUCUUUAUCACCACAGUGACAAAGCUUCUGGUGGUUCAAAGAACAGGAUAAGGCAGAACCCUAGCACUAUUGCUACCACCAAGAAUGGAUUCUUGUGUACGCUCGAGCCUUCAAUGCCAUUUCCACACUCGGCUAUGGAAGGAGCAACAAAAUGGGAUCCUGUAUGCAUGGACACAACGGAAGAAGUCCACCAAAUCUACAGCAACAUGAAGCGCAUUGACCAACAAGUGAACGCCGUCUCAUUAGUCACAUCCCUCGAAGCAGAGCUGGAGGAAGCACACGCACGCAUCGACGAACUCGAGAGCGAGAAGCGUUCCCACAAGAAGAAACUCGAGCAGUUCCUGAGGAAAGUCAGCGAGGAGAGAGCCGCGUGGAGGAGCAGAGAGCACGAGAAGGUCCGAGCAAUCAUCGACGACAUGAAAGCUGACAUGAGCAGAGAAAAGAAGACACGUCAGAGAUUAGAGAUCGUGAAUCAUAAACUCGUCAACGAGCUCGCGGAUGCCAAGCUAGCUGCAAAGCGUUACAUGCAGGACUUCGAAAAGGAGAGGAAAGCUAGAGAGCUGAUCGAGGAGGUUUGUGAUGAGCUCGCUAAGGAGAUAGGAGAAGACAAAGCUGAGAUCGAAGCCUUGAAGAGAGAGUCAAUGUCCCUGAGAGAAGAGGUAGACGAUGAGAGAAGGAUGCUGCAAAUGGCUGAGGUGUGGCGCGAGGAGCGUGUUCAGAUGAAGCUUAUUGAUGCUAAAGUAGCGUUAGAGGAAAAGUACUCACAGAUGAACAAGCUUGUAGCAGGCUUGGAUUCUUUUCUCAAGACAAGAGACGUUGUUGUUGAUGUGAAGGAGGUGAGAGAGGCGGAGGUGUUGAGAGAGACCGCUGCUUCUGUUGAUAUCCAAGAGAUCAAGGAGUUUGCGUAUGAGCCUGCGAAUCCUGACGAUAUCUUCGCUAUGUUGGAAGAGAUGAAUCUCGGUGAAGGUCAUGAUGAUAAAGAGAUGGAGAAGAAGCCUGUUGCUUACACUCACCAGAAUGAAGAGGAUGAUAGCGGUUGGGAGACGGUUAGCCACGUGGAAGAGCAAGGGUCUAGCUACUCACCAGAUGGGAGCAUACCUUCAGUGAACAAUCACAGAGAGAGCAAUGCCUCAAGUUGUGGGAAAGGAUGGGAAGAGACUCCAACUACAGAGAUAAGCGAAGUGUGUUCGGUUCCAAGACGGUCAUCAUCCAGAAAGGUUUCAUCAAUAGCUAAACUCUGGAGAUCAUCAGGUGCAAGCAACAACGGAGAUAGAGAUAAUAACAGCUUCAAGGUGAUAUCAAUGGAAGGGAGAAAAUCAAGCGUUGGAAUGGUUUCAUCACCGGAGAGAGGCUCGAGCAAAGGAGGGUUUAGUCCAAUGAUGGAUUUGGUUGGACAGUGGAGCUCUUCACCUGAAUCUGCAAGCCAUCCUCAUGUGAACCGAGGAGGGAUGAAAGGUUGCAUAGAGUGGCCUAGAGGUGCUGCACAGAAGCAUAGUUUGAAGGCAAAACUCAUUGAAGCGCGGAUCGAAAGCCAGAAGGUUCAGUUGAAGCAUGUCCUUAAGCAGAAGAUUUAGAUGACACAACCAGUAAGAGUGGUUUAUCUGAUGAUCUCUCACCGGGGCUGUGAUUCUGUAUGAAGUAAUAAAAUGUUUCCGGUGAAGCAGUCAGGAGAAGCCAGCAAGACCGGAGUUUUUAGAUUUAUGUAUGUCGUUUUGGUCAUUAGCAAUUAAGCAAAACUGUUGUACUAUAAUAUUUGUUAUCUCAUCAUUAUGGAAGAUAAAACCUUUUAGCAGAGUAAGAGAAGGCUAUUUGUUCCUUAGAAACAUUAUAUUCAAUACUACUUGAUGGUGAUAAGUA